AACUUUUUUUUUAUUGAAUUAUCAAUUCUCUUCUAUUAUUCUUUUCGCUCUGCUCCCAACCAAGCAUUCAUGUAGUUUUGCAUUUUUUAUAUUUCCUCUCAAACAUGUAUCUCCUGUCCGAAACAGAAUAUUUGCGAUUCGUAUACGUGUGUUGUGUGUGAAAAGCCGGUCGUGCCAAAGUUUAUUUCAUUGAAUUGUGAACGAUCGCUACGCGGCAGUCACAUAAUUUCAGUCUGCUCAUUCGUUCCCAGUGUGUUGGUCUGAAUCUUCUGGAACACAGAAUUGGAUGAAACUCGAAAUGGCGACCAUCGCAAGGAUUUUUACUUCCCGUUCCAGCAACCUGGUUAAGGCAGUUCACGCGAAUCAUGUACGAUUCUAUUGCGCCGCAUCGACCCAGUCCCUGGAAUUCAUUAAGACUGAGCUAGUCGGCGAGAAGAAAAACGUAGCACUGAUUACGUUAAACCGCCCGAAAGCCUUGAAUGCGCUGUGCAAUGGAUUGAUGAACGAAGUUAGUCAGGCACUGGAACGCUUUGAACGUGAUGACAGCGUUGGGGCGAUAGUUAUUACUGGAAGUGAAAAAGCCUUCGCUGCUGGUGCCGACAUAAAGGAAAUGCAGCCUAACACCUACGCCAAGUGUAUCACUGGCAAUUUCUUGAGCCACUGGACCCGUGUCGCUCAGGCUCAGAAGCCAGUGAUCGCUGCUGUUAAUGGUUACGCUUUGGGCGGAGGGUGCGAGUUUGCCAUGAUGUGUGACAUCAUCUACGCUGGGGAUAAGGCCAAAUUCGGUCAACCGGAGAUUGCCCUAGGAACAAUACCUGGUGCUGGAGGCACUCAACGCACAACACGCGUUAUGGGCAAGUCCAAGGCAAUGGAAAUGUGCCUGACCGGUAACAUGAUUACUGCGGAGGAAGCUGAACGGUCUGGCCUGGUUAGUAAGGUAUUCCCAGCUGAUAAAGUUGUCGACGAAGCCAUCAAGUUGGGAGAGAAGAUUUCUACCUUCUCGCCUCUGAUUGUGCAGUUAUGCAAAGAAGCCGUCAACACAGCCUAUGAAACUACACUUAACGAAGGAUUGAAGUUCGAAAGACGUCACUUUCAUGCCACCUUCUCGACCAAGGAUCGUCUCGAGGGUAUGUCUGCCUUCAUUGAAAAGCGUGCUCCGAAGUUUACAAGUGAAUAAAUCCUGCCUGUGUAUAUGUUUCAGCCAUUGUCAUUAUUGUAACUCAGGAUAUAAUGUGCUGAUCAGUCAUUGGAUGAGCAGAUUUAUACAAUGCAUUUAUUAAUCCUUAAAAUGAUUGAUUUAUUGUAAUAAUAAAAAAGAAGUUUUUUUUAAUUAAA